UUACAGUUUACGUCCUCCACACUUUUGCCACGGGAGGCUUUUCUACUCCUGUCACUCUCGGGUGAGACGCAGCCCAGUGCUCUUUCCCCUCGUCAACUCCACUCUGAUCUGAGACAGAACUACCCAUUUUCUUUCUUUCUUUUUUGUUUUUUAAAAAAAGAGUACUUAUUUUAGAGAGAGUGAGGGAACUCCUGUAACUUCAAAGUUUCUGUUACUGAUUUUUUAUUUUUUUUUUUUACUUUGAUGAUGAUUUUUUUGAAGAAGUGAUCACCGGCAAGGACUUUCGUCGGAGGCAACAUGAAGAGAAUCCAGCCGUUCACUAUCAGCACGAAACUGUCCGUGCCGGUCGAGUCCAAAUGCACGGAGUGUGCGGAUAUCUACCAGGCAGCUCCCACUGCGGACAAGCUGAUAAACACUCAGAACCAUCUGACCAAAGACUGCAAUGACCCACACCCUCCACACGCUUGGGCCCAACAGGUAGACCCUGCGGUCUCACCUGUCGAGGACAUUCUGGAGGACCAGACCUUGGAUUCACCCUUGUCAUCCUCCAGGUCAAUCAAAAAGAUUGCUAUAUGCACCAGCGGUGAGAUUCAGGAGGAAAAGAGCAAUGUUGUGCCAAGGCAAAGCCAGGGUGGCAUCAGCGACGAUGACAAUAACAGCAUAAACAGUAAAAAUGGCUCUGUUCCAGUCCCUCAGUCUGUUCAGGGGGAAUGUGAGGACAUUUCUACUCAGCUGAAGAACGAGCCACAUCCAAGGCUCAAAGCACGAGACCUGAAGUGUUCCUGCACUGUUCCGACAUGCCCAGCACAGCGUUCCGACGGGACAGCACGAGACCUGAAGUGUUCCUGCACUGUUCCGACAUGUCCAGCACAGCGCUCUGACGGGACAGCACAGGCCCAACAGUGGGAACUCAAGGACUUUGAGAACUCUCUCAUACAGCUCACAGCCAGCCUGGACUUCAGGGAGGAAGAUCCGCAGGAGAAGCACGAGCUUCAGGACUUCAGCUCAGAGAAACUGCAGGAGUCAGAGGACAUGGAUGACCAUAACAGACCGUGGCUGAGGUUGCACACCCUCCUGAAGAACUACCAGAAGGACCUGAUGCUGGCGCUGGAUGUGUCCAAUUUUUAUCAGCAAGCAGACAACCUGAUCAAGACCAUCAACAGCAAGAGACGAAGUGUAUCACUUCCAAACAAUCAGGGAAGGUGUGUCGACGCAGAAAUGGGCGAGAUCGCCACUCAAAUCAGAAUGCUGAGUGAGACUGCAUCGCGCCUCGCCGACCUCCACCCAACACUGGCCACCAGGGUGACGCGCAAGCAGGCCGAGGUCAAGCACAGCUGGGCCCGCCUCCAGGACACCCUCAGGAACCAGAGAACCGAGGAUCCUCAGGUUCCACCACAGUGCUCGGCCAAUGAGAAGCUGUGCAGCACCACCUCGGCCGCCCCGAGCACCGCAGAACCCGAGGUGCUCGGCAUUAUGGGAAAGGACAUCAAAGAGGAGCAGAACCGCCUGAAAGGGGUCGAGGACACUCUUGACUUGUGGGAUAGAGGGGGGUUAAUGAUGAUGACAGACACGGCUCCUGAAAGCAACACCAGAGCACAAGAUGCUACCAUUGGAAAUGUGGAGGCGGAGGAGGAGGAGUGGAAGCAGCAGGAGACUGACGCCAGCACUGUCCUCUCAGAGGACCGAGGCUCUCGACUCUCUGAACUGGUAGAGGAGUCCACUUCAUCUGCUGAUAAGACGCGGUCAUGGCUGAGGGACAACAUCGCUACGGCAUUCGACCAGGAGAAGCUAGCCGAAGAUCCGAACUGUCCAAAGAUUGAGGAGCUGCUCGAGCAAGUGGAGAUGUUGUGGGCGCUGCUGAGGAGACGAGAGGGGAGACCUGGAGCCUCCUCGGACAAACCGGCUGAAGAGGAGGAGGAGGAGGAGGAGGAGGAGGAGGUGCUGGAUGAGGUAGAUGUGCUGGGAGAAGAAGAGGAGUCAGGCCUGGAGGUGAAGGAAUGUAGCAAGGGUUCUGCACAGGCCAAAGUUCCCCCCGAGAAUGUGGGGGAGUGCGAUUCCGGAAUGCUAACAAAGUUCCUGGAACACCUGGAACAAAAGGACAGCCAUGGAAUGUGGCAGGUGGUUCACGGGCCGAGUGGCGGCGAGCGGUUCGGCUGCCUCAGUGUGGCGGCAGGGAAAGUGGAGACGCUGGAGGUGCGGGUGGACCUGAGCAAAACAGGAAGCGUGAGGAAGCCGUCCCCGGCACACCAUCAAGCCACAGAGCAACUCAUGAACCUGCUCUCCACCCUGACGCUGCGCAUCAACGAGCACCUGUCGCGCUGUGCCGAGCUCAGCAUGGACAUCCUGGAUCUGGAGUCCAACAUGGCCGCCCUCGGCGACCCCGACCUCACAGGCCUGGAGGGCCUGCAGGAGCAGCAGGACGACCUCGAGGUUGAUUUCCAUAUCAUGGAAGGGGAGGUGGAAGACAUGGAGAAACUAGCCGCUCACCUGAAAACCGUUCCCCCCGAGCGGUCAGUGCUCCUCGGGGAGGAGGUCCAGGCGACCCUGCAGGCUUGGGAGGAGGUAGGCCGCAGCCUGGCGGAAAACCGGGGACGACUCAGCAAGUUCAGACACCUGCGGGAGUUCUUCGAGAAGUACCUGGCCAUGAUUGCGUGGGCAGAGGCCACUCGCUCCUGCCUGUUCUCCUGCGGCUCUGGUGUGGCACAGACCGAGGACGAGGGCGAGGGUGAGGAAGGGUCUGUGAUGUCGGAGCUGGACCUCAGGAUCCAGCAGAAGAUGGAGGAGUUUACUCAACUCACUUCGGCUGGACAAACACUGAUGGAUGAUGGCCAUCACCUGGCUGAAAUUAUCAGGGAAAGAACCGACGAGCUGCAAAGCAUGCUGGGAUGGAUCAGAGACAACUGGAGGUCUCAGAAGGAUCAAGUGAAUCAGAGACAGAGGGCACCAGGUCGUGCGGAAGGCUCCGGAAACGCUCUCCUGGCACCCGAGAAUAAGUCAACAAGCCCGAGGCUCUCAGACUCACAGAGAGUGAAAGAGAGUCUACUUUCUCCUCAAGCUCAGCCAGUCAGUGACAAAGAUCCAACCAACCAAUCACUGAGUCCCGAGCGCCCGCAUACAGGAAGUGUGUCCAGCAGUCUCAGUGUCACAAGCGCACCGAGAGUUGCCACGGUCCCCGUUCACCCCGGCUCAGCCAGCGUCACUAGCGUCUCCAGCGUUGUCGUUGACGACCCGACGGGCAAGGUGACGAGGCCCCUGGGCAACAGCAUCUGCCUCAUCCUGAGCUUCGACGAAGAGGAGCGUGGAAUCAGCCAGGUGCAGACCCCCCCCGAGCUGACCGCAGCUGCUGAGGAGCCCUCGGAGUCCACACACAGAGUUAGCACUUUCCUACAUGUCAGCGACAACAGCAAAACCCCAGAGAAGUUUUGCGAGGAUGUUUCUGCGUCCGGAACCGGUGAGGACCAACGGCUGCCAUCAUCAUCAUCAUCAUCAUCACCUCCAAACUCCUGCUGCUCCUUCUCCUCCUCGUCAUCAUCAUCUUCCUCAUCAUCUUCAUCGUCUCCAUCCACAUCGUCCCCUUCAUCCUCUCCCUCUGUGCCUGCCGUUAGUUCGGUCUUUAUUCCCACGCUGUCCAAAAUGGCCGCCAUCCCGUCACGCCUGGACGAGAAGGUCGCGACACCAGGGAAGAAGCAGCGCAGGAGCUCCGCGCUUGGCAUUGCAGGACUGGAUGACUCAGCGUCCAGAGCGUCCACCGCCUCUGGCUCUCCUUCCUCCUCCGCUGCUGCGUACUGCACCAACACGUGGCCACUAGGCCGUCGGAGGCCGAGGCCGAGGCGUUCGCCCGCCAGCGCCGAGCUGCAGGUGUACGUGAAGCCAAACCCUCUUCUUCUUCUCAAUGCCGGCCAGACUGGGAAACCUGAGGCAGGAGCCGCCUCACGUCUGCGCGACCAGGUACACUCUCACUCAACACAGCGCAUGCCAGCAGAGACCAGCACCACUAGCAGUCAGAUCAGGAGCCAGCGGUGCUACUUAUCCCUGGGCUCCACUCUUAGCUUCAACCUGCCCAAGGACCUGGGUCAGCUGCCGUCCAUGCCUGUUCUUAACGUCCACAAUCCACCACCGAAAGACCUGGGUCAGCUGCCGUCAGUGCCUGUUCUUAACGUCCACAAUCCACCACCGAAAGACCUUGGUCAGCUGCCGCCCAUGCCUGUUCUUAACGUCCACAAUCCACCAAUGGAGAUCAGUACCGCUGCUGUUGGCUUGGGCUCUGAUACCCAGGCCUCGCGCCAACAGCCCCGGCCAACAUCCCUGCCCACUGCCCUGCCAACUGCCCCUCAGGAGCCACAGCAGAUUCCAUCCUUGUCCAAACAGAAACAGUUCAUCCUUAGCCCAGUUGAGGAAGCAAACCAUGAGACUCCGUGGGAGCAAGAACAUGAGGAGGAUCAUCUGUCUGACACUAAGGUUCCUGAAUCUUCACUGUCAUCGACAAGUGAUACCAUUAGCACCAUUAAUAGUAGUGCCACUGUUAGCUCUGGCCCUAACCAUUCCCCAAGGAGCUCUGACUUAGCCAAAGUGCAGUCAAAGGUUGCUCCGGUCAUUACCCCCCCUAAAGGUGAGGAUAAGGAUGAUGUCCAGUUAAUGGAGAUGAAGGCUAAUGAUGAAGACAGUAAGAGUAAAGCCAACGUUCAUCCACUGAAGAAGUUACCUUAUGGUGCUACUAUCAAGCCAAACCACACUUCUGUUGUUCAAGCGACGGGCUGUCUUCACAAGUGCCUGAGUGUUCACACUAAAAUUAAGGACCUCAAUGGACACAUUUAUCACAGGCCAAAAGACAUGAACUUUAUUAAGUCAAACUAUAUAGCUAGCACAACAGAAUACAGAUCUAGUGUUAGUGGGGACUCGGUGAGUUCAAACGGAAGGCUGAGUGCUCAUAAGAUCAGUCGCAUCAUAGUCUGCGCCGACGUCAAUUGUUCAGUGUGUUCUGAUACUCCCGUAUCCAUGACAACAGCCAGCUCUAAAGGCUCAAACAUUGGGGCCCGUGGCAACCGCGUGGAUUCCAUUCAGCCCGGUCACUGGGAGUUUGAAGAGGAAGAGGAAGAGCUGAAGGGGAUUUGGUAUGGUAAAGGUAACCAUGGCGACAGACAGGAAGUUCAGGCUGCUGGACUCCCUGCUGCGAGUUCAAAGGGCAAAACCAGACGGACGAUUCCAUUAGAGAAGCUAGGGGAGCCUCUGAUCCAGUGUCCUUCUCUGCAGUCCCCUGUCCAGAGGGCCCACGAAGGGUGUGACGUGUUUGUCUGCAAGGAGGAGGAGGUCACCCCUGGAAGUCCAUCGCCGUCUCAGGCUCAGUGGGGGGAGAGCAGUGGGCAACGUCUGAGUGACCCUGAGACAGCGCUUCCUCUGGAGACGGCAGAGGGGGCCCUCUCUCUUAAGUCAGAGUCCUCCAGUCGCAGUGUUCAUGAAUUUUCUGUCAACACGAAGAAGGAACCCGUGGCCUUCACCCUUAAAUUGCAAGGGGGGCCCUCUGGUUACACCGCAGUGCACGCCAGCGAGGGAGCGCUCUGUCUGAAACAUCCCGGGAGAACCGAAGAGCACACAGACAUGAGGCUUCCACAAGUCGCGCAGAGCGCAUUUAGCAUCACCAGCGCAAACUGACAAGCAUGUAGAGACAGGGCGCAAGGGAUGUUCUGGACAAAACACUGUAAAAAUAAAACUGAACAUAGAGACUGAGCCCCCCCCACUGCAAAAGUUAUAAGGCCUAGGCUACAGGGUGAGAGAUUGCUGAAUAUAAUGCCUAUUGCAUAUCGUUUACUUUUGACAGAGUGUGAAGACAGCAUGGUAUGACAUCUCUUGUUGCUCUUUUAGAGUGUUUGUGACCAAUGUUCUUCCUCGCACUCUUUUUUUGUAUUUUCUUUCGGGGAAAAUAAAGGAAACUUGCUAACAA